AAAAACUUAUCAAUGGCAAUGGCAUUAGAUAUAUUGUUCUGUCUCUCUGUUUAUCUGCUGUUUACACAAGGUGCACAAGGAAACAUUGAUGAUUAUGACUGUGUUGAUAUAUACAAACAACCGGCUUUUCAACACCCAUUGUUGAAAAAUCACAAGAUUCAGGAAACAUUCAACUUGGAUGGAAAUAUUGAAAGAAGCAACAAAUAUAACACACAAGAGCAUUGUCCAAAAGGAACAGUUGCAAUUUUAAGACAAGGAAAUGAAUCUCACAGCGUUCAUUUAAAUUCAGACGAGUAUUAUGGUCAACAUUUUGCAACGAUUGAGACCAUAACAGAUGGAACUGUCCAUCGAGGAGCCGAAGCAGAAAUAAGUAUUCACGAUUUAAAGUUGCAAAACAAUCAAUACAGUAAAAGUCAAAUAUGGUUAGAGAAUGGAUCUGCAGGUAACCUCAAUAGUAUACAAGCUGGUUGGGCGGUGCAUUCAAGGUUAUACGGUGACAGCGUCACAAGAUUAACAAUAUAUUGGACUGGAGAUGGUUAUCGAAAAACUGGAUGCUACAAUACGCAAUGUCCUGGCUUUGUGGUUGUAAGUCAAAAACUCUUUCUUGGAAAGGGAUUUUGGGGGUCAUCCAUCUAUGGUGAAACAAGCCUUACCUUUAACAUUCAAGUUAAUCAGGAUCCCAACAGUGGAAACUGGGUACUUCAAAUAUCUAAUGAAGUGAUUGGUUAUUGGCCUAAAGAAUUGUUUACUUACUUGAACAAAGGAGCUUCUCUAGUACGCUAUGGAGGAAAUACGUAUUUAUCUCCCGAUGGAAUUAGUCCUCCAAUGGGGAAUGGACAUUUUCCGGUUGCAGAUUUUAAAAAGACAGCACAUUUCAAAAACAUUGUGGUUAGAGACUCUAACUAUAAAAGAGUUUAUGUCGAAGAUAAGAAAAUAAGACGUUACGCUGAUUCUUAUAGUUGCUAUAGAGUGACAUAUUGGGACUAUUAUAAAUCCACUGGGGUAGCAUUUUCAUUUGGAGGACCAGGUGGAAAUUGUGGUGUUUGA